AUGUUCCACAUGUGGGAAACUGAGCCCCGCCCUCGGGGCCCAGCUGAUCGCUCACGUUCCACUAGCCCCGCCCACGCGUGGUGUGCGUGUCUCCGCGUUCCAUUGGCGGGCGCUGAUUGGCCGCUGCGCGCCCCGCCCCUCCCGCUCGUGCAGAAAGGGGCGGGGCCCCGCAGGAGGCUGGAGGCGGCGGCGAUGGGCGAGUCGCGGAUCCUGUCCCGGGCCGAGGCGCUGCAGCUCGGGCCCGGCUGGAGACACGCGUGUCACGCCCUGAUCUGCGCGCCCUGCCCCGGCCGGCUCUUCGGGCGCGUCCCGCUGCGCCACGCCGUGCUGAUGCAGAUGCGCUUUGACGGGCGGCUGGGGUUCCCGGGGGGGUUCGUGGACCCCCAGGACGGCUCCCUGGAGGCCGGGCUGAACCGGGAGCUGCGGGAGGAGCUGGGGCCCGGGGCGGCCCCCCUGAGCCUGGCCGAGGGCGACCAUCUCGGGGCGCGCUGCGCGGAGACGCCCCAGCGCCUGGUGGCUCAUUUCUACGCCAAGCGGAUCAGCCUGGAGCAGCUCCAGGCCCUGGAGGACGGAGCCACGAAAGCCAAAGACCACGGGCUGGAGGUGGGGGGCGGGG